AAGCACGCAUCCCCAAAAAACUCAUACCCGCAAUUAUGUGGCGGAUAUCAGUAACGUUUUGUUGAGAUAUAUUGUUUAUGUAUAACUUUUGAUAUAUAUAAAAAAAAAAAAAAAAAAAAAAAAUAGAAUAGUUUGGUUUUAAUUUUCAUGCACGUCGCAUCCCUGUAAGUAAACAGUAAAGUUAGACCAGCCCCGUCACGGUUUAUUUGUUUAUUUGUUUUUUUUUUGUGUGUUUUGAAAGAGGUCGCUUUGUAGGAAACAGCUGCAAGCGAGACGGCCCCUAACUCAGCGCACUUUCGAGACGGGCCCUAGAGCGGUAAAAAAUUGUAAAAACAAUUCUCCAAAAAAAAAAAAAACGACCCUAAGGGACUGAGAACCGGUACCCCCUGACCCACCCCCCCAAUCCACAAUGGCAUUUCAGAUGUAUCCAGUGCCUGCCAGCAGCCCCAGCUCAGCCCUGAAGAGGAAGGGGGAGAGAGGGCCGGCGCCUGGGCUGGCGAGGCCCCUGUACCCCGUCUCGGCCGACCGGCGCAAGUCGAAAGUGUGGCAGCAUUACACGCAGCUGAGCGAGAGCCACGUGGAGUGCAACGUGUGCAAGAGGCAGCUCUCCUUCCACAACAGCACCACCAGCAUGCGGGAGCACCUGCUUCGGAAACACAGCAUCCGGGACAGCCCCCCCCAGCACAUCGGGGCCCCCGGGCAGGACAAGCGGGCGGGGCUGCUGUCCGAGCUCAUCCUGGAGAUGCUGUUCCGGGACCUGCACCCCGUCUCCGUGGUGGAGGAGCGGGGGUUCAGGCUGCUGCUGGGGUGCCUGGAGCCCUCGUUCCGGGCCCCGCCCUGCUCGCAUCUCUCCGGGAUGCUGUGGCAUCGACACAGCGUGCAGAGGCAGCUCUUGCAGGGGUACCUGCGGGCCGGCGUGGGGUGCGGGGGGGCUGCAGUGCUGUGCACCGACCACUGGGGGGCGACGGGGAGCGGCAGGGGCUACCUGACUGUGAGCGUUCUCUUCGUGGAUCGGGAUUGGCGGUUGGCCAGGUGUGUCCUGGAGACACGGCCGGCUCCAGAGUCCCAGGGGCUGAGGGACGCUCUGGGAGGGGUGCUGGCACAAUUCGGCCUGCCUGAGAGCUCCGUGCUGGGGGUGGUCCUGGACAGGCCGGACCCUUCUCUGUCUCUCCGGUCCCCAGGGGGCCCGGCGGGCUGGCAGGGGCUGCCUUGCGCGGCUCUGUGGCUGGGGGAGUGUGUGGCGGAGGCUCUCUCUCUGGAUCCUGUGCAGGAGGUGCUGGCAGCGGCCCGGGUCAUCGUGACUCACUUCCAGCAGGACCCUGGCAGAGCUGCUCUGCUGAACCCAGACGAGGCGGGAGUGGCGGGCAGCAGCAAGGCUAGGCUUCUCGCCGUGGACCAGCCCACCCACUGGGUCACCACCCUGGCCAUGUGCGAGAGCUUGCUGGAGCUGCGCUGGGUUGUCAGCUCGGUGCUGGAGGGGGGGGGCAGCCCCCCUGUCCCCAAUCUGGCGGAUCAGCAGUGGCGCCUCCUUCAGGAGCUAGUCCCGGCACUCAGGACUGUGAGGCUGGCCUCCUCCUUCCUCAGUGAGGAGCCCAACGCCCCUGUCUCCGCCCUGCUGCCCUGCCUGCACGGGGUGGCCAGGCUGCUGGGCAGGCAGCUGGGGGAGUGCGGGUUGCAGGCGGCCCGGUCAGCCAUCGGGAGGAUGAGGGGAGCGAUGCAGAAGCGUUGGAGGAUUGGAGAGGGAGAGGGAGAGGAGGUGGAGGAGGAGGGGGAGAUGCUGGACAGCCCCCUGGUCCUCGGCUCAUUCCUGGACCCCCGUUUCAAGGAGCUAAGGUUCCUGAGCCCGGAUGCCAGGAGCCGGCUGCACGGGAGGGUGAAGGAGCUUCUGUCGGCGCAGAGGGACGAGGGAGAGGAGGACGGGGGAGAGGGAGAGGGCUCCCCGAUGUCUUGCCUUUCUUUUGAGGCUCAGGAUUUGCAAGCCGCGGGGGGAGGCGACGGCUGCACGAUCAGCAUGGUGGUUGUCGGGGCGCACGGUAACAAUCAGGGGUCCCCCCCCCCUCCUCCUCCCUCCCCUCCCCGUCAGAGCAUCUACGACAUCCUGCUGGGGGAGGACCCGACGGAGCGCAUGCCGGAGAUCCAGCAACAGCUAGAGAACUACAUCGCCGAGCCCUUGUGCAAGCGCAGCUGCAGCCCGCUGGACUGGUGGCGCGGCAAGGAGCUUCGAUUCCCAGCACUGGCCCGGCUGGCCCGCCGCUACCUCGCCAUCCCCUCCACCGCCGUGCCCCCCGAGAGGGCCUUUGCCGCCCAGGAGAGCCCCGCCCUGCGCAGGAGGGCCACCUUGGCCCCAGAGCACUUGGACCAGAUCCUGUUCCUGAACCAGAACUGCGAUUUCAUCGAGGGCCUCCGCGGAGGGGCCACGGGCGCGGCCGAGCGCAGGGGGGGCCAGGCCCACGCCAGGGAGACUCUCUAUCAGUCGCUGGUGUCCUUCGAGAGCCAGGCCUGGCUGAGCGAGGACAGGGAGUGA